UGCGCGGGCAGUCCGUACGGAGCUACGAAGAGGUGGUGCCGGAGGAGGCGGGGAGGGACCCUGGGCUCGGGGCAGACCCCUGCCCCGUCCCCGCCGCCACCAUGGGGAAGCGGCAGCACCAGAAGGAUAAGAUGUACAUAACCUGCGCUGAGUACACGCACUUCUAUGGUGGCAAGAAGCCUGAUCUCCCACAAGCAAAUUUUCGUCGUUUACCUUUUGAUCACUGCAGUCUAUCACUGCAGCCAUUUGAGUACCCGGUGUGCACCCUUGAUGGAGUCGUCUUUGACUUACUGAAUAUUGUGCCUUGGAUAAAGAAGUAUGGGACCAAUCCUAGCACUGGAGAGAAGCUGGAUGCCAAGUCUCUGAUCAAGCUGAACUUCGCAAAGAAUAACGAAGGGAAGUACCACUGCCCGGUGCUCUUCACCGUCUUCACCAACAACUCGCACAUUGUGGCCAUCCGCUCCACUGGCAACGUGUAUGCCUAUGAGGCGGUGGAGCAGCUGAACAUCAAAACCAAGAACUACAAGGACCUGCUGACAGACGAGGCCUUCUCCCGCCAGGACAUCGUGACUCUCCAGGAUCCCACGAACCUGGACAAGUUUAAUGUGGCCAAUUUCUAUCAUGUCAAGAACAACCUGAGAGUCCUGGACCCAGAUGAAGAGAAAGCCAGGCAGGACCCGAAUUACUAUCUGAAAAACACCAACGCUGAGACCCGAGAGACCCUGCAGGAACUUUACAAAGACUUCAAGGGUGACGAGAUCCUGGCCGCCACCAUGAGAGCUCCAGAGAAGAAGAAGGUGGACAAGUUGAAUGCGGCUCAUUAUUCCACUGGGAAGGUCAGUGCAUCCUUCACUUCCACGGCCAUGGUGCCUGAGACAACCCAUGAAGCGGCCGCCAUCGAUGAUGAUGUUGUCAGGUAUCGCUUUGUGAAGAAGAAGGGCUACGUCCGGCUGCACACCAACAAGGGGGACCUCAACCUGGAGUUGCACUGUGACAUGACUCCCAAAACCUGCGAGAACUUCAUCAAGCUCUGCAAGAAGAAUUAUUACAACGGCACCAUCUUCCACAGGUCCAUCCGCAACUUCGUGAUCCAGGGCGGGGACCCGACGGGCACAGGCACAGGGGGCGAGUCCUACUGGGGGAGGCCCUUCCGGGACGAGUUCCGGCCCAACCUGUCGCACACCGGACGGGGGAUCCUGAGCAUGGCCAACUCGGGGCCCAACUGCAACAAGUCCCAAUUCUUCAUUACGUUUCGCUCUUGUGCGUAUCUGGACAAGAAACACACCAUCUUUGGGAGAGUUGUUGGCGGCUUUGACACCCUCACGGCCUUGGAGAACGUGGAGAGUGACCCCAAAACCGACCGGCCCAAGGAGGAGAUCCGCAUCGAAUCGGCCACCGUCUUCGUGGACCCGUACGAGGAGGCCGACGCUCAGGUCGCGGAAGAGCGCGAGAGGACGCGGCUGGAGGAGGAGGCCCCCAAGGCCAAGGCCCGGCCGGCCCAGCCCGCCGCCGAGAGCUCGGGCCCGCGGGCCUACCGGCAGGGAGUGGGCAAAUACAUCUCCCCCGAGGCCACGAAACGAGCUCUGGAGGACGAGCCCUCGACCAGCGCCGCCGUCGCCGUCAAGAAGAAGCCGAGCCGGGGCUUCGGGGACUUCAGCUCCUGGUGACGGCCUCGGCUGGGCAUCCGAGGCUGCUGCUGGCUGCGCCGGUCUUGGCCCCGGGGGGGGGAGGGGAUGCACCGGGGGGCCCUGGGGG